CAGUGGGGCUUAGCUAAGGUAAAACUUGUAAAAGUUUAUCAGAUGAUAAUUUCACAAGUAGUGCUGAUGAUAACAUUCAGUCCAGCGGCAGCAACAGCAACCUUCGCAAGUAGCACACUCAAAUAAAUUAAUACUGCCUAUUUACCUUCAUCAGCAGCUGUAAUUUGUUGGAAUAAUAGUUUUGUGAAAGAUUGAUUAAAUUAACAAUAUCAACAACAACAACAGCAAGAAAGUAUCCAAUAUUUAUGUAAAUAUUGACUUAACUAAAAUCGCCUAGCCUCAGGUUAUAAAAUUAAUUUAUUGUCAUUUAACAUACAAAAGAGGAUUUGCAUUAACACUGAAAAUGACGUCUUCUAUUGAGAGCAACAACAUCAUCUAUGGAGGAGAAAUCACCUCAAAAAUUACGAGCACUUACAGAUCGUUGGGUCACUUUUUGUUGGAACAAAUUAAGAAGGAUGGAGAUUUCGUGAUGAUGACAGAUGCCUCAACCGGCAAUCAGUACACACGGAAAUACAUCCACGAUAGAAUAAUUCGUCUGGCAUAUAUACUCCAGAAACUAGGAGUCAAAGACGGCGAUGUGAUUGGAAUUUGCGGCGAGAACUCCAUAGACUAUGCUGUUGUUUUGUACGCUGCAUUUGCUCUCGGUGCUACGGCAGCUCCUUUUAAUGCCACCUACAGUGAACGUGAACUCGAACAUGCCACCAACCUUUCGAAGCCAAAAGUAUUGUUCUGCUCUCGAAGUCCUUUCAAUAAAAUUCUGGGCGUUGCUAAGAAGAACAAAUAUAUCCAACAUGUUAUUGUGUUUGGUGAUGUUAGUCCAAGUUCCGAGGCAACUGCAUUGGAAGAAUUGAUUAAGGGUAAAAAAUUCGUAUCAUACCCGGACUUUGAAGCACCCGCUGUGAAUAAGUGUGAAAAUGUAGCGCUUAUCGUAUGUUCGUCUGGAACAACCGGUAUGCCGAAGGGAGUUCAAUUGACACAGAUGAAUAUUCUUAACACACUUGACGCACAAUUCGAACCAGAGGCAAUAUCAUUUUCGGAUAUUGCGGUAUUGAGUGUCAUCCCAUGGUUCCAUGCCUUUGGCUGCAUUACUUUAGUACUAACGUCUUGCAUGAACACAAAUAUGGUUUUCCUGCCCAAAUUUGAAGAAAGAGUUUUUCUAGGAGCCAUACAGAAAUAUAAAGUUGUUUUGGCGUUUAUGGUGCCUCCAUUGAUGGUGUUCUUGGCUAAACAUCCGAUAGUAGAUAAAUAUGACUUGUCGUCGCUUUUAGUCUUAGUUUGUGGAGCUGCUCCAUUGAGUAAAGAAACUGUAGAUACUAUCAAAGCAAGAAUUGGCGUUCCUAUCAUCAGACAAGGUUAUGGAUUAAGCGAGAGUACACUGGCUGUCCUAGUACAAAGUGAUACUCAUUGCAAGCCAGGAAGCGUAGGUAUUCUUAAACGUGGUAUUUAUGCUAAGGUUUUGGAUACCGACUCUGGUGCAAUUUUGGGACCUAAUCAACGUGGCGAGUUGUGUUUCAAAGGAGAAUGCAUAAUGAAAGGUUAUGUUGGAGAUAAGAAAUCCACACAAACCAUUAUCAAAGAUGGCUGGCUACACACUGGUGAUAUUGGAUACUUUGAUGAUGAUUUCGAAUUCUUUAUUGUUGAUCGCAUAAAGGAGCUCAUAAAAUACAAAGCAUUCCAAGUGCCGCCAGCCGAAAUUGAGGCACUUCUAUUAACGAACCCAAAGAUAAAGGAUGCAGCUGUAAUUGGCAAACCAGAUGAAGAAUGUGGUGAACUGCCAAUGGCAUUUGUUGUCAAACAACCAAACGCACAGUUAACAGAAGAUGAGGUUGUUAAAUUUGUUGCCGAUAAUGCGUCUCCGGCGAAGAAACUUCGAGGAGGUGUACGCUUUAUCGAUGAAAUUCCAAAGAAUCCCAGUGGGAAAAUUUUACGUCGUGUCUUACGCGAUAUGCUUGUGAAGCCAAAGUCUAAGUUGUAAGAUUUUUUAUUGCAAUUCAAUAUUAUUAGAAAUUUUGUAAUAAUUCAGUUAUUUUAUAUUUAAUUUUCUAUAUAAAAGGAGAAAAGUUUUUUUUUUUAAAUUAAAUAAGGGAGAAUGCUUCUAUUGAUAUUUUUUCGAUCAUCAUCAUUUUCACUUAAAUAUUUCAAGGCGAAUUGAAAUUGUCAAAAUUAAAAUAGAACAAAACGUAAUUGGGGGUAUAAGCCAUAAAAUAGACAAGCAUAUUUAUUUAUUUAAAUGAAGAAAAAAAGUAAGAAAUAUACAAAAUUAUUAAAACAUUAAAAGCCUUUUAAAUACUUUUGUUAUUUUUAUAUUGGAAAGAAACUGUGUAAUUAAAAAUACUUUCAAUAUUUGAAAAUCGUUAGUGAUAAGAAAACCAAACAUUAUGCACACACUCAUUCUCCUAUUUUAACUAAUAAAAAUACCAUUUAAAUAACAAACAAAA